UCAUUCUUUGCAUAUCCAAUUCACUUGAUCACCUUCAAUUCCUACUAAAAAAUAUAUCAUUUCUUAGCUUUAUUGCUCCUUAGUAAUCACAAUAAUCAUGGGUGUUUUCACAUACACAUUGGCUGACAUCACUAGCCCUGUCGCCGCGUCCCGGUUGUUCCAAGCUCUAGCCCUUGACAACCAUAACUUUGUUCCUAAGACUUUCCCUCAGUUUGCUAAAUCUGUUGAGUUUAUUGAAGGUGACUCUACCACUGUUGGAAGCAUCAAGAAGAUCAACUUCCCUGAUGAGGCUCCAUUCAAAUAUGUGAAAAACAGAGUUGAUGAGAUUGAUGCCAACAACUUCUACCUUAAGUACACUUGCAUUGAAGGAGAUGUGUUUCCUGAUACAGUGGAGUACGCUGUGUAUGAAGACAAGUACGAGGUGACCGAAGCCGGAACCCGGUGCAAGAUGGUAGCACACUAUCACAUGAAGGGAGACAGUGUGAUGAAGGAAGAGGAUCUUGAAAAGGCCAAAGAAGGAAUUCAGAAGGUGUUUAAGGCUGUUGAAGAGCACCUCAUUGCCAACCCUCAAGUCUAUGCUUGAUUGAACUAUUUAGUUGAUCAUCCAAAGCUUUAUGAGAAAAUUUGACUUAAAACUUGGGAUGAUAUAAUUGAGGAUAUGUAAUGUGUGGUGUGGUGUGUUUAUUUAUAUAUUUUUUUUCCUUCGUUUAUUUUGAUGAGUUUGGGAAAAAAAAUUAAUAAUAAUAAUGUGUGACAGUGUGAAACAUGUAUGUACUUGCUAAGAAAUGCACUAUGAAUUUGUAAGAGAUUUUACAUUUUUAAUAUAUGAGUAACAAUUUUCUAUGAUUAA